UUAGGCGAGGGAUACAACAUGGCUGGGUUGAGGAACAUCGAUAGAUGAUGAUGAGCGACCGUGCACGUGGGGGUGUUACCCCACCUCUUCACCAGACACGCCCGCUUCCCUUCCAUCUGAGUUCACUCAUGUUCGGUUACCGGAGACCUUCAGAAGUGUUUCCUUUGGGAAGGAGAGACCACAAAUCACUCCAGGAGCAGCGAACGGACAGGAGCAACGAACGGAUCUAUGGCCUAGCGUUUCCUCGCGCGCUCUUUUCAUCCGUGAGAGAUUUCUGAAGACAAUAAAGCAACAGUAGGCUAGAGGAAGAAAUAAUUUGAUUGGUUGAUGCUUGUUUCUCUUCUCUAAAAUGUUGGUUCUCUUUUGAAGUUACAUUAACUGACCCCCCCUCACGUUCACCUGAUGGUCCGGGAGGACUUUUCUGCUUCACAAGAGUUGUUGACGCACAGCCCACUAACCCCUGGAUGAUGACAGCACCCUUUCCAGACCCUCAUCUCGUUCAUAGUUCUCUCUCUCUAGUUUCUGAGUGAAAACUACAAAAAUAAGUGUGAAACACCGCGCCACUUGCGCACCGAAUAUCUCUCUCCGUCUGGGUGAUCAAAAGCCACGGGGAAGGAAGAAAAGGGAAGCGAGAGAGACAGGGAGCGAGAGGCACAUAGUGUGACGGGAGGAGGAAACGUGAGUUUUGAUGUUUGGGAUCCAGGAGAACAUCCAGAGGAGCGGGAGUGUUAUGAAAGAAGAGCCCUUGUUGACCGGGAUGAACGCCGUGCGGAGCUGGAUGCAGGGCGCCGGGCUGCUGGACGCCAACACAGCCGCCCAGAGCGGAGUGGCUCUAGACCGGGCACAUUUCGAGAAACAACCGCCCUCCAACCUUCGCAAAUCCAACUUCUUCCACUUCGUGCUGGCUCUGUACGACAGACAAGGGCAGCCGGUGGAGAUAGAGAGAACCAGCUUCGUUGGAUUUGUUGAAAAGGAAAAGGAAACGCCAGGGGGAAAGACCAACAAUGGGAUACAGUACAGGUUACUGCUCCUAUACAGCAAUGGUAUCAGGACAGAACAGGACUUCUACGUGCGCCUCAUCGAUUCCAUGACCAAACAGGCGAUCACCUAUGAGGGACAGGAUAAGAACCCUGAAAUGUGUCGGGUUUUAAUGACUCAUGAGAUCAUGUGCAGUCGGUGUUGUGAUAAGAAGAGUUGUGGCAACAAAAACGAGACACCCUCUGACCCCGUCAUCAUUGACAGGUUCUUCCUCAAGUUCUUCCUGAAGUGCAACCAGAACUGUCUGAAGAACGCAGGGAACCCACGAGACAUGAGACGCUUUCAGGUGGUUGUGUCUACCACGGUGAGUGUGGAUGGUCAUGUCCUCUCUGUCUCUGACAACAUCUUUGUCCACAACAACUCUAAACACGGUCGCCGGGUCAGGAGACUAGACCCCUCAGAAGGAACACCCUCGUACCUGGAGCAUGCCACCCCCUGUAUCAAGGCGAUCAGCCCCAGUGAGGGCUGGACUACAGGCGGGGCCACAGUCAUUAUCAUUGGAGAAAACUUCUUUGAUGGACUCCAGGUCAUAUUUGGUACCAUGCUAGUCUGGAGUGAGCUGAUCACAGCCCACGCCAUCCGGGUGCAGACUCCCCCCAGACACAUCCCCGGGGUCGUAGAGGUCACGCUGUCAUACAAGUCGAAACAGUUCUGCAAGGGCACACCUGGAUGCUACAUAUACACAGCGUUAAAUGAGCCCACUAUAGAUUACGGCUUCCAGAGGUUACAGAAAGUCAUCCCCAGACAUCCAGGAGACCAGGAGAGACUACCUAAGGAAGUCAUUCUAAAGAGAGCGGCAGACUUGGUAGAAGCGCUCUACGGGAUGCCACACAAUAACCAGGAGAUGAUUCUGAAGCGGGCAGCUGACAUGGCAGAGGUCUUGUAUACGACGGUGCCACGCGGCCACAACCAGCUGACCGGGUUAGGCAGUGGCUCCGUCCACGCCAGCAUGAUGGCCGUCAAUUCCUUCCCCGGGUCAGAGGUCACACAGACAGCCAAUCAGGGUUACAGUAGGAGUAGCAGCAGUGCAUCUCCUCAUGGUUAUGUCCCCAGCACCACCCCACAGCAGACCAGCUACAGCUCUGUUUCCACUAGCAUCAACGGCUACACUGACUCUGGCAUGACCACGCUAGGAACCUCACCCAACUUCCUAAACGGGUCAGCCGCCAACUCACCCUAUGCUAUCGUUCCCUCCAGUCCCACCAUGGCCUCCACCACCAAUCUUACCUCUAACUGCAGUAGUUCUUCAGGCAUCUUCUCCUUCUCUCCGGCCAACAUGGUGUCUGCUGCGGUCAAACAGAAGAGCGCCUUCGCCCCCGUUGUACGGCCGCAGACCUCCCCUCCACUCACCUGCACCAGCACUAUUGCUAACGGACUGCAAGUAGAUCAGUCUUUUGUGGACUCCCCCUCCAGCUCUCUUCAGGGUCUGGCCUUCUCCUGAAGUAUGUUAGCUCUCUCUCUCUCGCUCUUUCUUCAUGUAAUCACCCAUCAAUCCUUCUCUUCUCCCUCUUUUCUGUUGAUUAUAUUGGUUCACUCCAUCCUCCAUCACUCCCUCUCCACAGUGGCUUUUCUCCUCUUUUACUUGUACACAGGACUUCCCUUUCUCUGUAUUUGUCAUCCUCUAGUCCAGUUGUUUCUCAUAUGAUCAGAGGAACCCAGUGGUGUGUUGUGGCUAAUACUAAGCUAGCUGAAAAUAGCUUUAAGGUUUAGCCCUUCAGAGAGGCCCGUUGUGUUGACUUUGUGGGUCAUACGAAAAAAACCUAAAUCCUUUAGGUUGGUCACAGCAGGGAAACAGUGAAUCAUGUGGGAACUACUGCUUUAGUCUGCCAUAAGGUCUAUCUACUGCUUUAGUCUGCCAUAAGGUCUAUCUACUGCUUUAGUCUGCCAUAAGGUCUAUCCACUGCUUUAGUCUGCCAUAAGGUCUAUCCACUGCUUUAGUCUGCCAUAAGGUCUAUCCACUGCUUUAGUCUGCCAUAAGGUCUAUCCAUUGUUUUAGUUUACCAGAAGGUCCAUACAGGUUGAUAGAGGUGCUCUCUCCUUCUCUUCUCUUCCUCUCUUCAUGUUGAUGACAGCUAACCACAGUUACCUGUCCAUCGGUGUGCUGCUCAGACACACAGAAACACAGAAUCACAGCUCCUUCUUUAAUCCCACAGUGCUGGAGACACUUAGGAAAUAAGCAGAGCAUUAGUGGAGUGGAGCAGGACAGGAAUCCCUCUGUGGUCUCCGUAUAAAGGGGGUGGGGGAGUGAGGAUAUAGCCUCUGUGUCAUGGGGGAGGAGAACAGGGGUGAGGAGGGGAGGGAGAGAAAAAAGGUAGGGUUUGAGAGGGAGCAUAAGGGAAGGUAAGGGGAGAGGUUGAUUAGAAGAUAACUGUUUUGUCUAGAAAACCAACUGACUAUGUUCUUCACUGUCUAUAAUACCAGUCACAUCAAAAUCACACAUGACUCCAAUCUAAAUCUAUUGACACAUCAAAACCACACAUGACUCCAAUCUAAAUCUAUUGACCCAUCAAAAUCACACAUGACUCCAAUCUAAAUCUAUUGACACAUCAAAACCACACACAUGACUCCAAUCUAAAUCUAUUGACACAUCAAAAUCACACAUGACUCCAAUCUAAAUCUAUUGACACAUCAAAACCACACAUGACUCCAAUCUAAAUCUAUUGACACAUCAAAACCACACAUGACUCCAAUCUAAAUCUAUUGACACAUCAAAAUCACACAUGACUCCAAUCUAAAUCUAUUGACACAUCAAAAUCACACAUGACUCCAAUCUAAAUCUAUUGACACAUCAAAAUCACACAUGACUCCAAUCUAAAUCUAUUGACACAUCAAAAUCACACAUGACUCCAAUCUAAAACAACUUCUAUUAGCCAUGAGCCUAUUUAUUUUCACUAUUUCCUGUCUCAUCUGUCAUCACUUCAUGUUGGCACUAUGAGAGAGUUGCCUACAAUAAGGCAACACAUUCGGUGGCAUAACGCAGUUUCAUGGGGCCAUACUGAUCAGCAGAAAUCCAAACCAGUCUAAUUGGAAUGAAUUAGAGACAUAAUCCUGAUUUGAACUAUACAGGAAAAUAAAAUAAGGCAUGUGAUAUAUCAGAAAUUGUGUAAUAUAAUUAUUAAUCAUGAAUACAGUUCAUACGGGUUUUAUACAUAUUUUCUGGGGUGUGUGGUACGCUAGUGAACGCAAUCCAAAGGGUUACAGUUAACAGGCUUUAAAUGGCACCCUAUUCCCUACAUAGUGCACUACUUGGCCAUGUGUAGUGCACUACAUAGGGAAUUGGGGCUCAUGGGACGUAGUCUUGGAAGAGCUGGUUAGACCACAGCAUAGCAUGAAGAGAUUCUGAAAACACAACGAGAGUGGAAGGCUGUUUCAACUGCAGCCUGUGUUCCAAGUUGGCGGAAACACAGAGGGAUGUUUUGGUUUUGAGGGCUUGAGAGAGAGAGAGCGAGAAGAGGGAUAGAGAGAGAAAGUGAGAGGGGACAGGGGGACGAGAGAGGGAGAGAGAGAGAGAAGAGGGAUAGAGAAAGAAAGUGAGAGGGGACAGGGGGAUGAGAGAGAGAGAGAUAUCUUUGUACACCAGAUGCUGGAACACAUUUGCCGUUAUGUGACUGUUCUGAUGACGGAUGAAACACAGACUGACCUUCCUCUCUCUCUGUGUGUUUCUCGCUCUCUUUCUUUCUCUCUGUCUCUGUCUCACUCCUUUUCCUCUCUUCCCACAAACAGUGAUUCCCGGGAUGAUUGAUCCAUCCAUGUAGAUCUGUGAAAGUUGAGAAUUUGGGAAUGUUGACAGGGAGAGAACGUGUCUCUGUGUCACACUCCAACCGUCUGGACCUGAACAGAACACUGAACUCAAAAUUGUUAAACUCAGGCCUUUCUAGAAGGAAUCUCAUUGGAAGGAAGAAGAAAACAACAAACAUAACAUUUGUUGAUGUCAUUUCCUUCCUGGUGAAUUUGUGAACCUUCUCAGACACACCUUGGAGUCGAAUAAUACAGUUAUUUAAAUUGAAUUGAAUCGAACUGAAUUGAAUCAAACUGAAUUUAAUGUAAUUUAUGUCUCAUGACCAUGUCCACAUCACAAUUGAGUGACAAUAUUACUGACCUCAUGACAAAAGCAUUUAUUUGUAUGCGUAUUUAUUGAUAUAAUGUUUAAGUUAGAUCUAUUGUAUGCCUUCCUACAGACUGUAACACAUACAAACAACACUGAAGCUGAUUGGCUAUAAGGGUUUGUGUAAGUAGAUAGCUCUGACAUGACUGGAUAGGAGUUAACAUGGGUUGUAACUAAGCCGUCUUGUAUCAGUUUACAUUUAGUAACUGUAAACAAACACUGUAUAGCCUCAAAACACAGUUCAAAUUAUAAUGUCCAUAUCAUGGAUGGUCAUGAUAUUGUGUCCAUAGCCAUGUCUAGGAAUUUGAGAGUGGUUACAUUUCUCCAUCUCUCAGCUUUGUACUGAAACCGUGGCGGGGACCGUACUUUGUUAUUGUUUCAACUGUGGAUUGUCCCUUUAAAGGAUUCAAACAGACUGAGCUGAAAGAUAACUUCUACAAUUUUAACCAAAUUUUUGCUGCUAAUUUAUCACAGAAAUAGAAUCAGAGAUGUGCAAUUCCCUUUUAAUUUCAAUCAGAAAACACGUGAUGAAAUAUCAGGUUAGAAUUACAAUUUCUGUAAUAUAUUUGUCUCUAUAAAUAUACAAAUUAUGGGUUUAUGAUUUGAUUUAUUUUACUUUGUUUUACCAAAGUUAUACUUGUAAUUAUAAUAUAAACAUUACUGUCUUAAGGCAGCUCUCGACACACAUGGUCAUUUCACUGUCAAGCUCUCAUCUAUACUUUGCAAAAAUGAGAACCACGGAUUGAGAUACAAAACAGGGAUUUCUGUAUAAAGUUCUCAUUUAAAUAAUGUAUUUAUCUUUUGGAUGUGUACAUUUUGCAUUGCUUCUUGACCCUAAUUCUAGCUUAUUCUGUGUUAGUUUAUAAGUGUCAAAGUGUCACAGAGUUAUGUUUUGUCACCCACUAUGUAAAUGUGAUAUCACAUGUUUUAUUUUGCAUCUACUUGGUUUGGUGCUGUAUUGUCUAGACAUGCUUCCAUGUGUUAUUUCCCAUCCUAAAAUUGUAUCUAUUUAUUUUAUUUUUUUGUAGGUUAAUAAAAGUUUCGUUUUUCCUGAUUUUGAAAA